UAGGAGUUCAACCUAAGCCUCUUGGCUCCAUGCCUGAGCCUCGGCAUGAGCGAGAUCGCAUGUGGCCAGAAGAGUGUCCUUUUUGAAACUGCUCGUGGGGUGACUCUGGACCGUGUGACUGGCAUCGUCCAGCAGCUUCCUGCUGUCCAUCAGGUCUUCCAGCCUUUCCUGCCCACGGAGCCCACAGGCUACUGGAGCAAACUGAAUAAUCUAUUUGGGGACGCCACAUUAUACCAGACCAUGACCACGCUGGCUCGGGCCCUGGCGCAGUACCUAGUAGUGAUCUCCAAAGUGCCCACCCAUUUGCACCUUCCUGCUGAGAAGGAGAGGGACACAGUGAGGUUCGUGGUGAUGACCCUCGAG